UAUAAUAGAUCGGCACUCAAUUUAAGAACCAUUAGAGUUUUAGUUCCCAAAAUACUCAGUACUUUCUGUUUUCUAUAAUAGAUGGACUCUGAAUUUUAAAGAGGAGUUUUUAUUUCCCAAAAUAAUCAGUACCAUCUGUUUUCUAUAAUAGAUUGGCACUCAAUUUAAGAACCAUUAGAGUUUUAGUUCCCAAAAUAACCAGUACUGACUGGUUACUGUAAUAAAUGGGCACUGAAUUCAAAAGAUUGAGGAGUUUUUGUUCCCUAAAUAAACCUUAAUGUCUGUUUUCUUUAAUAGAUGAAAUCUGAAUUUAAAAAGAGUUUUAGUUCCCAAAAUCAGAUUAUUUUUAAGUGUUUUAAAUUAAUCUUGAGUUUUUAUUCUCAGUCUGAUCUUUCACUUGUCAAAACUCGUUCUCAUGUUUUUUUACUGCAGAUUUUUGUAGCUCGGAGCAGUUUCAGCAGGUGCAGUAAACCUGAACUAAUUUCAAAUUCGUACGUUCCCGUUUAAAAAAUGUGCCUUCAGCAUUUUCCAAAGUUUUCGAGGUAGAUAAUUGAACAUUUAUAUCACUGUUUGUCGUUUCAGAAGACUUUCCUAAUAUUUAUAACUCCUCAAAUAUCUCGUCUCAGCUCACAGAUUUACACUUUCACUGCUCUGUUUGUGUAAAUCGUCUAAUUCUGACUCUGUCUCCGUCUCUCCAGGCUGAUAUUUGGUCUCUGGGCAUCACGGCCAUCGAACUCGCCAAAGGAGAACCUCCGAACUCGGACAUGCACCCCAUGCGAGUCUUGUUCCACAUCCCCAAGUCUCCUCCCCCGACGCUGUCCGGAGAUUUCUCCAAGAGCUUCAAAGAGUUCUGCGAAGCCUGCCUCAACAAGCAGCCUUCAUUUGUAAGACGUGUUUCUGUAGACUUCUGUAACAGCUCAGAGGACUGACUUUAUACCCUUAUUUUAACAUUUAUCAGACAGUUUUUGGGACUUUAAUUCCACAAGAAGCAGCAAAAAUAUUGAAGAGAUCUUUAUCUGUGCCUGAACACGACUUCCUUUUAGCCAUUUUGUUCCUAUUUCCGUAUUAAAAACAGGUUUUAUCUUACAGCUCAGGCAGCCGUGAACCUCCAACAAGACGUUUUCGGUCGUUUUUUGGCCGCACAGUUGUGUAAAAAGUAACACCUGAAAGCUGUCUACCUUCUCCGAAUGAGAUCUGGCGCCUAAUCUUGUCUUUAGAUUAGAUUUAAACAUGAUUCCCACUAUCGGUUUUGUUUAUGUUUGAGGUGAAAAUGACCAGGAACCUGAUCAACGGUCUAAGUUACUGUAAAAUGUGGACCCAUGAGCCAGUUGCUGCUUUAAACUGAAUGAAUUAUACAAAAAAACAGUGAAAGUCAAGGAUAUUAAGUAUGUCUACACCUUCACCGUCUAAAAUCAACAUUUUUCAUCUUGAAUAUCUUUAAAUAAUCCGUCUUUUGCUCAUUAUUCCCUGUUUUUUAAGAGGAAUACCUGUUUUUCAUGUCACUCUUUAUGAGUCAUCUUCCUUGUCUGAGUGAUUGGAGUUGCGUCUGCUGCCCCCUGGUGGACAAACAGCCUCUCUCCUUCUCUUUCAAAAACUUCUACUGAGAAGUUCCUUUUGUCUUUUUCUUCAGCGUCCCACAGCCAAGGAGCUCCUCAAACACAAGUUCAUCGUCAAACACUGCAAGAAGACGUCCUACCUCAGCGAGCUGAUCGACAGGUACAGACGGUGGAGGGAGGAGGGGCACAGCGACAGCAGCUCCGACGACUCCGACAGGUACCUGAACUGUUUAAACAUUACUGUGUUUGUGUGUGUUUUUGUGGAGGAUGUGCUGUGUAUAACCCGAGUGUGUGUUUUUAUUAAAGUGAGUCCAGUAAUAAGGAGAACAGUGAGUCACCUGAGUGGUCCUUCACCACGGUACGUAAGAAGAAGACGGAUGGAAGGAAGGUCCUCAACGGGGCGGUCAGUAUCUGCUCUGUGUUUUAUUAGACUAACUCAACUAACACUAACUUUUUAUGUGGAGGGAAAUACUUAGACUCUAACCCCUUUUAACCCCUGUAAUUAAAAAGUAUUUCUGUUCUGGUUAUCUGAGUUUUACUGUCUACUAUUAGCAGCUCAGCUCGCAGCCUUUACAGCUCUACAGAAACUUCAAUUCCUAGUUUCACUGCUGGUCUUAGUCUUCUUUUUUUGAUCACUGUUCAUGGAAAAUUUGAAGGUCUGGAAAUAGUCGUCAUAAAGGCUGAUUCUUGAGAGAGACAGUGGCAGCUCAGCUCGCAGCCUUCAGAGCCCUGUGUUGGCCUAACCCUAACAUGUUAACUGAAGCACUUUAGCGUAGCAUAUUGCUUGUUUAUUUCCUGUUUUUUUUUCACAUUUUUAUCAGGAUGAAAACUAUUUAGGUUUGAACAUUUAGAAAGUAUCUGAGAGCAAACAACAGCUCAGCUUGCAGCCUUCAGAGGAGCCUUGAAGAAAUUUGUUAAAGUGUUUUGUUGUUUGUCUGAGUGCUGCUGUUUUUGGAAAAUUUGAAGGUCUGGAAAUAAUCUGAAAACAAGGUGAAUCUAGAGACAGUAGCAGCUCAGCUCACAGCCUUUACAGCUCUAGAGAAAAUGUGAAGGUGUGGAAAUAGUCGUUAAAUAGGCUGAAUCAAGAGACAGUAGCAGCUCAGCUCGCAGCCUUCAGAGCCCUGUGUUGACUUUGUAGAAACAUGUGAACUGAAGCACGUUACUGUCCCACAAUGCUUGUAUUUUUUUUUUCUUUUUUUAAUCAGGAUGGAAAAUUUCAAGGUUUGAAUGUUUAGAAACUAUUUGAGAGCAAACAGCAGCUCAGCUUACAGCCUUUACAGCUCUGGAGAAACUUGUAUUUAUAGUUUUACUGCUGGUCUUAGUCUUUUCCUAUCACUGUUAAUGGAAAAUUUGAAGGUCUGGAAAUAGUCAUGGAAAAGGCUGAAUUUAGAGACAGUGGCAGCUCAGCUCGCAGCCUUUACAGCUCUACAGAAAAUUGAAUGUCUUGCUUCACUGCUGGUCUUAGUCUUUUUUUUUUUGGAUCUCUGUUUAUAGAACAUUUGAAGGUCUGGAAAUAGUCAUUAAAAAGGUGACUCUUGAGACAGUGGCAGCUCAGCUCACAGCAUUUACAGCUCUACAGAAACAUCUAUUCCUAGUUUUACUGCUGGUCUGAGUCUUUUUUUUAUCACUUUUUAUGGAAAAUAUGAAGGUGUGGAAAUAGUCGUGAAAAAGGCUGAAUUUAGAGACAGUGGCAGCUCAGCUCACAGCCCUCAGAGCCCUGUGUUGGCUUUGAAAAAUCUUAACUGAAGCGCUUUAGCGUAGCAAAUUGAUUGUGUAUUUCCUGUAUUUCUGUAAUUAUCACGAUGGAAUUUUUUAGGUUUCGAAAAUUUAGAAACUAUUUGAGGGCAAACAGCAGCUCAGCUCGCAGCCUACAGAAGAGCCUUGGAGAAACUCGUUAACUGAAGUACUUUUUGUGGUUUGUUGUUCAUCUGAGUGCUGGAGAAACCAUUUUCAUAGGAUAGAGAGUUUGAAGCUUGAAGGUUUGGAAAUGAUCUGCGAACAGGCCGAGUUAACAGCAGAUCAGCUCGCAGCCUUCAAGGUCACUGUAGAAAUAUAGAAACCGCAUUUUAAAUGAGAUAAAUCAAAGCUAAUGCAAAAUGCAAGCUUUAAUUCAAAGAAAAUCAUGUUUUUAUGGCUUUUAUAUCAUGUUUCAGUCCAUAUCAAGCUCUCAGAUUUUCUAACUCAGUCCUCCUCCUCCUCCUCCUCCUCCUCUUCAUCUGUGCAGGUUCAGGAUCAGCUGAGUAGAUCUGCCAGCCUGGCUACAGUCAUCUCUCCGGUCUUCACCGAGGUUAGUCAAACACACCGACUGACUUGACAAACAAAACUCACGUUCGCACGAUUUCAGCAGAUUUCCAUUCCUCUCUCCUCUCGUUCAGUUAAAGCAGCAGCACAAAGAGCACUCCGAGCAGCGAUUGGCCAUCGAGGAGCUGGAACGUAACAUCCGAUGUGUCGAAGACAUCUGUCCAGGCAUCACGGACAGGAUGGUCACAAACAUCAUUGCCAGGUACCAGAAGUAGGUUUGUCUUUCUCUACGUCUGUCUGUUUUUUUCUUAGAUGUCCGUCUUUACUUUUCUUUACUCUUCUGCUCUUUUUUAUCGUUAUAUUUGCUAACCUCACAUCUCUGAUUUCAUCCUUAGAUUCUCGGGGAACUAACGGACGGAUGGAUCGAAUUUUAAAAAUAAAAAUAAAAAUAUAGUUAUGUGAAGAGAGACUGUGUCUCCGUACGGCGACGCUGCUGGACGAUCGGAAACGAGGGGAUUUGCUGUGCGAUCUCUCCUCACUGUACACACACACACACACACAUCACGCAAACAACACACAUGCACACUACCAAUGUAAUAUACACACUAUAUAUAUAUAAUGUAUAAAUGUGGACUCACUGCUGCUGGUCGACGCCCUUUUUUCCACACGAGUUUAACGUUUUCUUUCUCGAGCUUUAUCUUAAAUACCUCUCUGAAAAUUCGCAGAACUUUCCUUCAAACUUGAGUCCACAAACACAUCCUCACACCACCACCACAAAGUGCCUUAAUACCUGAUAAUAUUUGAACGGAGAUGUGGCGUUUUUGUCGAAACCAAACGCAGGAACAAAUAAGGGGUUUUUGGUCCAUCAGCAGUGGAGUUAGUUUUGCGUCAUGACUUGCCUUGACUUUGUAGAUGUUGACGUUUGUUCAGUAGCACUUGAGACGGAUUAUAUGCCAAUAUAACAUUUUUGUUGUCCUCAGUCCUGCUUUUAAUUUCAGCUCCCUGAUCCUUGAAUUGGUAAAAGUCGCGUCUUCCUUCGAGAUCUGAGCACCUAGCGCACAUACAGUUUAAUUUCGUUAAUUUAAGUUUAAGAUUAAUCAACGUUAAGUCUAGAAAUAUAUUCAUAGAUGCUGCAGGAAUCAAAGAAACCUUAAAGCCACAUCCUUGAGCUUCGUAGUCGGAUCAGUGUGGUGGUUAUUUUGCACAUUUUGAGGUGGAAAAAAAAAGUCGAUACUUAUCAAACAUCGGGAAGCGGCGCCGGCUGGUCUUUUUCGGUAACAUGAAGGGAGCUGUGAUUAAAGCUUUUGCUGAUAGUUUGUACCAAAGACACUAUAAAAAUUGGUCAUUGUAUAUUUUUGCCUUUUUAUAUAUCAUAAGGGAUACGUCAAAGCUUGUUAAGGGGGGAUGUGUAAAAUGAAAGAUGUAAGAUUUUACAGAAAUGUACUCUUUUUUUUUUUUUGUAGCGGGACUUAGAGUUUUAUGAAUAAAUAUUUAAGUUUGAUUGAGAAAUAAAUUGGAUGUCAACCUUUUCCUUCUUCUUGGAAACAGGAAGUGCUUUUUUCUUUUUUGUUCAAAUGUUUUAUUGACAAAAUCAUUCACCUUAAAUCAGCACAAUUCAAUUCAGACUUUCCAUGUGUUACUCAGACAGUUACCUGCAUUGACAUCGGAACGGUACAACACUCAAAAACCAGAACGUCUGUUCUCGCACUUUGUGAAUCAAGAUGAGCGAAACCCGAAGGAGUUUGUCGUCUUUAAAUACCGGUCCGAGCUCGGGAUCAUCCUGGGGUCUGAGAUAAAGAAGUCUAAGGGGGACUUGGACUACAGGACAACAGAUCUGGAUUCAAAAGUCGUUGGCACUCCGUGAUCAGUUUCUGGGUUUUUUAAGUGUUAGCGCUGAUAAUGCUGAAAAUGUGAUCUAUUCAUUUCUCCUGUUUGGAAUUAAUUUACAGAUUAGCAAAACAGCUAAACUUCGUGGAGGUCUUCACAGUUGCGACUUAUAUUCCACAUUUUUUACUGAGUUGAAUUUCAUUUAAGCUCUUGUCAAAUGAAAUCGAUGUGAGGCCAGAUAUUUCUGACAGAUGUGUGUCCCAUCUGGCAGAAACAUCUCUGGGUUUUCUCCAUGAGUAUGAAAAAAAAAGUCAAUUACAGUUCAAACCAAAAUCUUUAAAAAGUCUAAAUUUCUCGUUUGGCAAUAUUGAAGGGGUAUUCCGUCGUAAAAUUAAUUGACCAAACACGGAAUGUUUAUGGCUCCUCAGACCGCUGUGUAUUGCUAUCAUGCGGUCGUUACUAAAGUUGGUAUAACUAGAGAAGCAAGCGGUCGGCAAUUUUACGCGGAAUGUCCCUUUAAGGUAAGAGACUAGUAGGCUGGUACAGCUUGUCUGACCCUCAGUGGUCACUAGAAGGAGCGCUUAAAUACACAAAAACAUGACAAUCCUUCAAAUCCACAAGCUUGUACCCAUGACACCCAAGAAACUGAGGUUUUUGCUAAAACAAGGCAUAACGUUACAUUUCAUCUGCCAGUACGCCUCAAAACAUCUCACUUGUACGAGUAAUGCUAAUACUUUUACCACGACUGUCUACUUUGCUUUCACUUGAUGAGACUCUGAACCUUUGCAGUCCUGCACAGAGUUUUCGUCUCCGUCUAUAGUGUGACUUCGGUAACCUUCGCAGGACUUUUCGUCUUGUCUCCUUCUUCAGUCUCGUCUUUCUUCUCUUCUUCAGCCUUUGACUCUUUUUGUUCUUUCUCCUUAGCUGCUCCAUCCACAGUUUCUUCCUCCUCCUCCUCCUCUUCUUCCUCAUCCAGUUGGAGGCUCCCAGACGAGUACCUCAUCCUGGCGAGUCCAGCAGACCGAACCAUUUUCUCCAUUGGGGGUGGUGGGCAGUAGUACGGGUAGAAAACCUCGGGUUCUGAAUCACUGUAGCCUCCUGCAGAGCCGCCAAACAUGCAGAGUGAGGCGGGUCGUUCGGGUAAAGGGGAGGAGUUUAACGGGAGGUAUGUAGGUCUAGAGGGGCGCGUCAGGUGAGGGUAGUAACCAAGGGGACGGAAUUCAGAGGCGGGAUUAAAAGCAGGGUUGGCACUCCUCGAUAGGUGAAACUUGACGUCUGGUUGGCUGGCAACACGGCGAGGCAGUCCUGGGAGGAAGUUUGAAUCAUCGCUGUAAUGUCCCGCCUCGUGUCCGACACCCAUCAGUCUUGCCCCAUUGCUUCCUGGGUGAUAGAACCUCGACAAUCCCAGCCCACCUGAGCCUGAGGGGCGGAGGUUUCUCCGUAUUGGCGACAUGGACGGGGAGUCGUGUCGUAAUGGGUAGAAAGUCGGCCGAGAUAAGCCAUCCACUGGCACAUAUUCCCUCCUCCUCGGCUGUGGAAAACGCUCCAGAGAGGAAACCGCGACGUAAUCCGAUAAGUAUGGAUGUCUGCUGAGGGGUGAGGCACCUACUAACGGGAACGUUGGGAGAACUGGGUGAUAAUGGUAGGCAGGAGUAUUCGGGUAGAGCAGAACCAACUGCUGAGCGGCAUCUGGGUGCGGCUGCGGGUUGGGACGACGUCGUGACCGGUUGCCGUAGACGCCAGCCAGCCUUUGGGCUUGGCGGUAAGCCCCUAACCGUCCCCCCCUCACGUCGUCCAUCACGGAUGUAGAGGCACAUCUCAUCUUAGGAGAGGGGGCAAACUGGUGAGGGGACGGAGACAGUGGGGUGACUCGGAUGAAAGGGCGAGUCCUGGGUGGGUACUCAUAGGAUGAUUGGAAGCGUCCAGCUCCGCCUCCAUCCAUUUCUAUGUCAUCAACGCCUUGGCGAUAUGGAUCCAUCUCAUCUUCACUGUGGACCCCCAAAGCAUGACCGGAUCGAAGGAAGUCUUGAGGGUGCUCGUACAACUGAGGAGGUAAGAUCGACAAAUGCGCUUGUAACCUUUAUUUGGACAAAACUAGAUAUCUUGGUUGCAUCGUCUAUGCUGAGAACUGGUGGAUAGUCAUUUCUCUUACCUGCUUUGAGACAUCCGUCAGAAGAUCAGGAGAAGAACGACAGUGUCUGGGGUCAAAGUCGGACUGGCAGUAGGUCCUGAAUGGGAGACAUCAUCAACAUAUGACUUAACAUUUUCACAAUGGUUGUCAAGCUAGCACAAUUACACAGUUUGGACCUUGGUCAAAUGAGAUACGAACUUUAAUGUCUUGGUUUAACAUACCUCAUCAUUAAACUCCAUCGCAUCGAGGUACAUCGCGGAAUCAUUGUACUCUUUGACAGAGGGGGGGGUUUUCUUACCGGUCAAAGUGUGUAGUCUUCUUCUCCCUUGUUCCCAUGCACUCCAGUAGCUGUUUUUGGGUCCGACCACUGCCACAGAAAAAAGCACAUUUAAUAUUUAAAGAAAGCAACACUGACUAUCCAAUCAGACAAGGGCUGCUCGUUUUGGACUUAGCUAGUUUUGUCUCGUGUUUCUUGGGGGAGAACUGUAGGUGGGCUUCAUACUGGGUCUAUAUGGGUUUAUUGUGGUUCACUUGGGAGAACCCAUGAUUGCUAAAUGUGUGGUAUUCCCAUUUAGAGCUCAGUUUGUUUACUUCAGUUGCUCAUGUGGCCCCUGGAAGUCCCUGUUGUGGGACAUGCCAAGUUGGAGCCCACUUGUGCAGUCAAGGCAUAUGUAAACAGGCCUAAUACAGAAGCCUCGGCUUGGCAAAAUACAUUUCUAGAACUGUGAAAAGUUGAUCUGUAUUCAGUUAAAGUAUGAAUUAAAAUGGGCACUGAGAUUGCAAGACCACGGAAUCGUGCAGUGCCGAGCAACAAUAGUGUUGGCAGUCGUUUUUUAGGCUAAGUAUUUUGUGCUUGAGCUAAAACCUUUCGAACAUCGGGGAAACCAGACAGUUCUGUGUGCUUUACCUGUAUCUAAAACUGGAUCCUUUACUGGACAGCAGAGUUUUGUGGAUUGCCUGCGGCUCCUCUGCCAGUCUGAAGAAGGCGUGGUACUCUACGCACAUCUUCCAGAAGGACUUGCAGACAUCUCGACUGGCCAUGGAGAACUCUAAUAUGUCCUUACCUGAUGGCUGGAUAGAAACCGAACAACAUGAACAUAAAGUCGUGAACAUAACAACUCAUGUCAACCCAUCAGAAAACGUAAACGAUUGAUUUUUACCCCGACUUUGUCAUGGAGUUUGAUGAGGAAAUGUUUCCGCUUGAAGCUGAGCUUUCGGAUGUUGGCCCAACUGAAGGUGUUGAUUUUGGUGUUCCCCUAAAAAGUGCGAGAAGACAACAGUCCUUAAACAUCCAUACACUUUAAAUACAUCAACAACAACCUGGUAGUCAAGAGUGUCUCUCUACCCUUGCGCCUAUCUUGCCUUGAUAUCAGGUACUGAUGGUCCGGAUUUCAGUUUUCAGCACUUACAUCAUAAAAAAAAUUAGCCAUCCUUGCCAACUGAAGGAAAAACUCAUCUGCAUAGAUGGCUUUGAAACCAUCAACCACCUACCUGAAAGACCAGAACUCCAGAGUGUGUGACAGCCAGGUUGAUCCUCAUCCCCUCCCCGUCGUGGGCAGGGUGAGGCCUGAUGCCGUACAUGUCCAACUUCCUAGCGACCUCCAGUAGGUGGAUGUCCGAUUCUGCAGGAGAUGCACCUCUAGAGAAACAAGAAGGACCCGGAAUCAAGCACAGACUCAACCUUAAGAAUUCAGCGAUGGAUGAUUGCUAAAGAUCUCCUUUGGUGUACCUGUGCUUUUUGUGAAACUUGAUGAUCUUGUGGUCGAUAUACUCCUGAUUGGGGACGUACUGCUUCAUCUCCAAGUGCUGACAGUCCAGCUCGUCAUCGUAGUCCCCUAUUUCUGCUGCAACACACCAGCAGGUACUUCAAGUUUGCAAUCAAGUAAAGAACACUUCGAUAUGAGGCGACGCAGAAGUGUUGGAAUGCUUACACUGCAAUAUAUGUGAGACCAGCAGGGCGGCACUGUUGUCGUGACAGGUCAGACUGCCGUUAGACAAGUCCUGCUUCAUCUGUAAGGCAAAAAGAUACCUACAAACACACAAAGAUGACAUUUUAGACGAUGAGAUAUACCUUUGUGCAGUGUAUGGAGUAUUUAUGACGGGCAUUGCUACCUGGUGAGGCCUCGCUUUAGUUGUCCAGGGUCCGGUGGAAAGAACUUCACUAUAAACCUGAAGAACAGAUCAUUGGUGUCUUGGCGGAAACGAAAGAAAACAUCUGUUAGAGGCGGAUGAUGAAGAAAUGCAGAUAAAAAUUUGUUUCCUUUGACUUACAUUUAAUCUGUUUAGCAAGCGGCUUCAGCAGCUCCAACCACACCUGCGACGGAAACACGUUAAAAUCAGCAAAUCAAUCAGUAAUUUAGGGUUUUGUUCUGGUACGAUUUCCUUACGUAGCUGCCGCCGUGGUGCCUGAACUCCAACCCGAAGUACUCCUUCUCCAGCAGCUUGAGAUGACCGCACACUUUGUUGAAAAAGUCUCCGCCCAGAACCUUUUGCUGAAAGAGAGUAAAUUAAAGUAGAGGCGGAUGGGAUGAUUGGAUUUUAUAAUCGAGGACUCUCGGGGGAGUACGGCUCAGAUCCCUCUAACCUAGCGUGAACUUUGCAGAGUUAGUGGUAUCACUGCGAGUCCAAAAGAACAGAGUAAUACUUGACUCCACUGUGUGUGUGUGUAGGUUCAAUGAGUGUUAGUUAUCUGCUAGCUGGUGUUUAGCCCCCUGCUGGGAGUCGCUGGUUGUCCCUCAUUAAGUUGUCAUUAUAGGACAGAGAGAGAGCGAGGAAGAGGAGGGGAUAGAGCAGCUGUAACUGAUUAUAAAGAGGAGAAAGGCCUAGCUGAUGAUUAGUAGAAACAAAUGGGCGUCUCCUGAACUCAGCAGUGAGCCGAGGUAGAAGUGAGUGCAAAUGGAAGUCCAGUAUGGAGGUGUCGGGAAAGCUUUAUUUGAAAUCCACAUGAUUCCUGCUCAACUUUUGGUCGCCAUGUUCAGCACAGCGUGGUCAAGAUAACAAGGUUGUGUUUAGGCCAGCUGACCCCCUCCAUACCCUUGAAAGUGCGUAUUUAAUCCGUCAAACGCCAAACAUUUACACUAUCUAUAACAACAUGAGGUAGAGUCUAUUUAAACCCCUGUACAUCCGUCCAUUCAUCCUUUUCCUGUCUUCCCUUUAUCACUCCCUCCUCUUCCUCCUCCUCCUCCUCCUCCUCCUUCUGCUCUUGUAAAGAUGCUACUAAUGUCCCGGGGGCGGCCGGGAAACUGACAGAGAGAGCAUGGGCGUGGAAAAUGGACACACACACACAUCUGCACACACACACACGGUCAGUGAAAGUCUCUUUUUAGGUUACGUUACUGCCUUGUAGGCCACCAUGUUGCAGUUAUACUCGGCUUUCCCAGGAAUCCACAGACCACAUGACGUCAACCAAUAUUUAAUCUUUAGUUUAAUCUUGAAGCACACUUAUGGAGUGUUUUUUUAGUUGAUGAAUGUUUGCCUACCAGUUGCAAAUGCUACCUCUAGCUUUAUUGUGUGUAACACUGGGACAGGGGUGGAAGGGAUAACAUGAGCCCAAAAUCAAAAACCGAGUAUUUGCGAUUGAGAUUUAACUAUUUUGACCAUGUUGGAACAAGCUCUCGGUUGUUCUCUUCGCAUUUAAAUGACACGUAUGGUGCAUUCGAGUUACCUCGGAAGUCAGAUGUCGGAGCUGGGAAUGACGCGGCACCCGAGUUACCAUCGUUUCAGUUGCCGAGUCGGAAAAAAUCAAAAUCGGAGGAAGAAACAAGAUGGUAGAUGUAGUCCGAAUAUAAGUAACUUCGGGACAAAUUUGCGAUCCUUCUGCGACAUGCGAAUACGGUGGAUGAGGAGGCAACACAAAGGCGCAGAAGGUAGCCUGUUUUUUCUUUAUAAGUAUUACAUUAUUUAUAAAAAGUAUCUAUCGCCGUUUGAUCGGUCAUGAAAAUGGCUGAAACUACCAGGCUUUGGUUAGCCGUUGUUAGCCACUGUUAGAACUGGCUUUGUAGUUCGCAUAUACACAUGAAAAAUGUAAAUUACACUAUGACAGCAUUUCCAUAAAUAUACAUCUAAUAACACUUUUGUAGCCCGAGCCUCAGGCUGACUUAUUGCGACAACAAAUAAUAAAAAGUGUUAAUAAAAGGAUUAUAACAGGAGCUUCAAUUUACAGUUUACAACUGGCGCCCUCAUCUUUAAAAGUCAACUCGGGGGCUGUGUUGAUCAUCCGACUUUCCGAGUCGGAAAUCAGACCGUGUUCGUUCCAGUUGAAAGUUCCGACCCAGAGCUCAUAAAUUCCAAC